AUGUGCAAGCGUGUUACCUGCCCCAACGACGGCAAGCCCACCUGGUGGGGCUGCGGCGCCCACAUCGAGACCGCCCUUGCCGGCGUUGCCACCGCCGACCGCUGCGACUGCCCCCACGUCCCCGUCGAGGGCAACCCCCGCAUGUUCGAGGUCAAGAAGACGGAGGACCAGGCCACUGCCUAA